CCAUUUCCUGUCAAUACGUGAGAAUGUACCGCUGACAAUCGGUGAAAGGGUAAACUGACAGUCACUGACCACCUUCAGAAUAAUGGAUAUCCAGAGACAAGUGGUCAGCCUACUGCUGGUCACCACAGCGACUGUCAGCGUCGCCGUGGGAAAGGGGGCCGUGCACCAGCCAGGGUACCUGGAGGCCCCCGCUGGGUCCACUCUGACCCUCAGCUGCACCUUCCGCCCCCCCUCGGAGGCGCUGAGGAUCAGGGUGAGCUGGGACCGCUGCCCCCGGCCGAACGGCACGUCCCCGCGUGACUGCCAGUGGAUCUCCUCCGGCUUGGUCUUGGCCAAUCAGGGCUCCGUCAGCCUGGCCUCAGCCAAUCGGACGGAGGAGUGGCGUGGCGACAGGCUCGUGCGGCAGGUGUCCGGAUCCUCGGGGUCCAAUCUGACCCUGGUGGACCCCGGCUUGCAGGACAGCGGUUGGUACCGCUGCUCAGUCUGCAUGGAGAUCCCGUCGCUAUGGUGCCUCUUUGGCAACGGGACUGAGGUCGUUGUCAUCGUCGAUGGUGGCCCCUCCCCCCAGCACCUGGUGGGUGCCGUUGUACCCUGGUGGGUUUGGGUCGUCGUGGGUGCUGGGAGCGUCUUCCUGGUUGUGACACUGGUGGGAAUUGUCAUCCUGUGCUGGAGAUGCAGAGUCCGGAUGGAGAGGGAGUCCAGACAGAACCCAGUCUACAGCAACACACAAGGUUUGAAGCAUUCUGUUGCCAGCAGUCGCCCCCUCCCAGGCCCAGGCCCAGGCCCGACACCAAAGUUAAAACACACCUCUCUCACAAGGCCGUGCCCCAAACACCCGAGGACCCCGCAGAGACCAACGACCUCCGGUCCCAAAAGGAGCCUGAACUCGUAGAUCCAACUCCCGAAAUCUCUCCCGUGCCUCCUGUUGUUGCUAAACUGGACAGGGAGUGGCAUUGCGGUUUGGGAAAGGUGACUUGUAACUCAAGACUGUGGCAUGGAUUCUUUGAUGGACAAGAUUUUAGAUUCAAGGAAAAGACUAGAUUUCACCACACACCCCCCCUGCACCCCACAAUAAGGGGGGGGGGGGGGUGGCACUACGAGGAGAGAGGCAGACCAUGUUCACUGGAACUACACAGUGGACAGGAGCAGUGCAAAAAAUGAAAUAAAAUAAAGGUGUUAAAAGCAGCAUUAAAAUAUUUAAUAAUAUGCACCCGUACAUGCAUGCACACAUUUAUCUAUAAUAUAAACUGUCGUUGUAUAAACUGCUUUUUUUUUAAUGACUUCCUGGUUUGGACCAAGUUUAGAGUGCUCUGAUAACAGCCAUUGUAAAGUAGGCAGGUCAUCACUAAAUUUGCUUUGGAGUCCAAAAAUACGGAGACAGAUGUACAUUAGCAGAAAAUAAUUAAGAGAUAAAAAUUUAACUGAAUAUACAUUAAACAUGAGCAUAGCAAUUAAACAGCACGGGGCAUGCAUUACAUACUUAAAAGGACAAAAAAACAAGGCUUCAUAUGUAUUUAGUUUUCUGCGUUUCCUUUACUUGUAGGCUACUUUGCAGUGUCUUGAAGUAACAUUUUAAUUCAAUUUUGAAAACUAAGAAUUUUUUUGACCAUUUAUAUUUGUGUAUAUAGUGUAUUCCAUAUCCAAAAUAAUACGCUUCAUCAAAUAUAUUACAUUUCUAUCUUGUAUUUCAGCACAGAUAAUCUCCGUAAUAUCUUCGCUGCUAAACUGAAGCCGUAGCUACUCGUGUAACAAAACAUUGCACCUGGUCUGUAAAAUGAACGGCAGCUGUGAUGCAAUAUACGACACGCCCACAACUGAGUCUCAGGUAGAUCGCUAGAGGCCAGCACCAGGACGAGAGCGACGCUUCUAUUUAUGUCUUUAAGGAAAAAAGAGCUGUGGUCGAACGGAGAGGUGGAUUCUGUCAAACGACGUCGUUAAGAUGGAGUGACUCAGUGUCUCUUUGUUAAAAAAAUAAUUACAAAAAAAAAAACCCCAGAGAUCCCGCCGCCGGGCUGCCACGGAAACAAAGUUUCAUCAUGGGCUUCCCAUGUCGUCAAGUUCCAUCAUGGGUGACGUCGACGUAGCCGCGGAUCCAGGAAGUGUUGCGAGACCCCGCCCCCCCUCGGCCCGGAGGCGGGGCUUGUGGCUGUGUAGCCGCCGCCGCCGCCGCUGCUGCUGCUGCUGAGUUUCUCUGUGGCUCAGACGGGACGUCCCAAGCGUGGACCAUAAGCUGUGAACCAUGUCUCCGCUAACACCUGCUGCGCUCCUCUGGGGCCUCGUGCUCCUGCUGAUGCUCAGCGACAGCGGAGCGCUCGAAGUCGGUCCAAGAGAAACGGUUCGCUUCCAAGAGGAGCACAUCAGGCAGUUCAGGGAGGAGGGGGUCCAGAACUACUCCACCAUGCUGCUGCAGGAGGACAAGGGCCUGCUGCUGGUGGGGGCACGAGGGGCCGUGUACGCCCUGGACCUCAGCGACAUCUCCAGCAAGAAGGGCUCCGUUUACUGGGAGGUCAAGAAUGCUGACAAAGUCGAAUGCACAAACAAAGGCAAACAACCUGACACGGAAUGCCAGAAUUACAUCCGGGUCCUGCAGGAGGCGAGGGACGGCCGGGUGUACGUGUGCGGCACCAACGCCUACAGCCCCAGCUGCGCCUACAUGCAGAGUUCUGAAGACGGGCAGCUGAAGCUGGACGGGGCCAAGGAGGACGGGAAGGGGAAGUGUCCGUUCGACCCCCUCCAGAGGUACUCCUCCGUCAUGGUCGACGGGAGCCUCUACUCCGCCACCUCCAACAACUUCCUGGGCUCCGAACCCGUGGUGAUGCGGAGCCUGGCCAACCCGGUGCGCACCGAGUUCAAGAUCUCCUGGCUCAACGAGCCCAGCUUCGUCUCCAUGUACCACGUCCCGGAGAGCGUGGGCAGCGCCGACGGGGACGACGACAAGGUGUACCUGUUCUUCAGCGAGAGCGCCGUGGAGUUCGACUCCUACAGCAAGCUGACGGUGUCCCGCGUGGCGCGGGUCUGCAAGGGCGACAUUGGCGGCCUUCGGACCCUGCAGAAGAAGUGGACCUCGUUUCUGAAGGCCCGGCUGGACUGCCCCGUCCUGGACUCCCGGCUGCCCCACGUGGUCCAGGACGUCUUCCUGCUGAGGCACGAAAACUGGCGGGACAGCGUCUUCUACGCCGUCUUCACCCCGCAGGAGGGUCCUGUGGGCCAUUCCGCAGUGUGCGCCUACAACGUGUUCGAAAUCGGGGACGUCUUCUCCCACGGGAAGUUCAAGACGCCGGUCACCGUGGCGACCUCCUUCGUCAAGUGGGUCAUGUACAGCGAGGACCUGCCCGAGCCCAGGCCCGGAGCGUGCAUCGACGACGCGGCGAGGGCCCUCGGCGUGAAGCGCUCGCUGGACCUGCCGGACAAGACGCUGCGCUUCGUUCAGGACCAGCCGCUGAUGGACCAGGCGGUCGAGCCCCUGGGCGGCGGCCCGCAGCUGGUGGAGAGGGGGGCCAAGUUCACCCGCAUCGUGGUGGACCGCGUGGAGGCGCUGGACGGGAGGACCUACAACGUCAUGUUCAUCGGGACGGAGAACGGAUUUCUGCACAAAGCUGUGAACUAUGGCGGAGAGAUGGUCGUCAUCGAGGAGGUGCAGCUCUUCCAGGCUCCAGAACCAAUCAAGAUCCUCCGUCUCUCCUCCGGCAAGGCGUCUCCGCAGGGUCUGCUGUACGCGGGGGCAGAUUCGGGGGUGGUGCAGAUGCCACUCAGUGCGUGCGGGCGCCACGCCUCCUGCCUGGACUGCGUCCUGUCCCGGGACCCGUACUGCGCCUGGGACCCCCCCUCGUCCCGCUGCGUGGCCCUGUCCGGCCUGGGCUCGCCCCGGAGCGGAGACCUCAUCCAGAACGUGACAGACGGUGAUGCGUCUCUCUGUCCGAAUUCUGCUCCAGACCCGGUGAGGGCGAACGUGUCGCUGGUCCCGGGGAGCAACAUCAACCUGCCGUGCCGGCCCCGGUCCAACCGGGCGCGGGUGCGCUGGCACCUGUCCGGCCGGCCGCUGCCCCCCUCCCCCAGGUACUCCGCCCACGGGGAGGGGCUGAUGGUCCUGGGGGCCACGCCCGCCGACGCCGGCACCUACACCUGCCUGUCCGAGGAGAGGGUCAAAGGUCGGCAGUACAACCGGACGGAGGCGGAGUACCGGCUGGCCCCGGGGGCCGGGGGGGAGACCACGCCCCGCGUGGAGGCGCGGGUGCAGGGGGGCUCGCUGGUACCCCUGCAGGUUUCGGUCGCCGUGCUCGCCCUCCUCCUGGCGGGCCUGUUGGUGUGGAACCUGCGCCGGGGCCACCUGCCCCUUCCGUGUGGGACGGGCGGAGGGGGCGACCAGGCCCCCGCCCCCGCCCCCGCCCCCGCCCCCUCCUCCGACCCAGCGAGGAACUGCGUGGAGGAGAAGCCGCUGAUGUCCGUGACGAACUACAACGCCCACAACAACCGGCUGACCCUGGCCGCCAGCAACGGGGAGGGCACGCCCUCGCCCAAGGUCGCCGUGGAUACCUUCCAGUACAUCGACGACGAGUCGGAGAUCUGACCGCGCGGGACGCAGCGGGACUGGGGCGGCGUGCGCGUGCACGUGACCCUCGGACGUGGGAGUGUGGUCUUCAUCCCACUUCCACCACAGAUGCCACAUUUCUAAAAAAAAAUUUAAAAAAACGAUAU